AUGGAAAAAUCCGUUGAAUCAGUGUUCAUAAAGGGAUUAUCACGUGUUGUAUCAUCCGCAAAACCACACAGACACAAAACAACCCAACCCGUAUCGCCGAACCGGGUCACCACUCCCCGAACCACAAAACAAGACCUCACUGUUAAGGUGGAAUCGCCCAAGAAGAUGGAACCUAUCGAUUGUCGAACACCACUUGCCAAGGUGGUCGCCGAUUGCGCCAAGCGGUGGUUCCAAGACACACUCAAGGAGGCCAAAGGUGGAGAUAGCACCAUGCAAGUUCUGGUUGGUCAAAUGUAUUACUCUGGAUAUGGUGUUCCUAGAGAUCCUCAAAAGGGACAUGCUUGGAUUAAUAGAGCCUCAAAAAGUAAAAAUUCAGUUUGGAAAGUAAGCCAAAAACAGCCGGGUUAUAGAGCAAGUGAUUCUGACUCAUGUGAUUUGGAGAACAAAUCUACUCCUUAG